AUGCAGAACAAGACAGAGAGUGCCGCGAAGCCUUCGGUAGAGUAUGCCGACGUGGAGGAUCCAGGAAAGAAGGAAUUGCAGACCAAUCGACUGGCUCCAGCUCAGAUAAUGAGCCCAGAGGAAUUCUCUGCCGCAGAGAAGAGACUGAAGCGGAAACUCGAUAUACGUCUGCUGGUCUGCGUCUGGGUCAUCUUUGUGAUGAACUAUUUGGACCGGAUGUACGUCCUUCAGAACAAUAUAUCAGCAGCAAAGGUUGCCGGCAUCGAAGAGUCUCUCCAUAUGGACAGCACACAGUACGCCACGGCCGUGGCUCUCCUCUUCGCCGGAUAUGUACUUAUGCAGUUACCCUCCAACAUCUUUCUUGCGCAUCUGCGACCGUCUGUCUACAUCCCCACUGUAAUGGUCAUCUGGGGAGCCCUCUCUGCUCUUGUUGGAGCCACCCACAAUGCAGGGGGGCUCUAUGCUCUCCGUUUCUUCCUCGGAUUCGUGGAAGCUGCAUUUUACCCUGGAGCACUUUUCCUGAUCUCAUCUUGGUACAAGCGGUCCGAGAUGGGAGUCCGUAGUGCCUUUCUCUUCUCGGGCUCUCAGCUUGGAAGCGCGUUCUCCGGCCUCAUUGGGGCGGGUAUCACCGGUGGUCUCGACGGUUCAAGGGGCCUCGAGUCGUGGCGCUGGAUCUUCAUAAUUGAAGGAUCAGCUACUGUUUUCAUUGCGUUGCUCGCGUUUUUCGUUCUGCCAAACUACCCAUCCAACACUCCUUGGCUGAACCCCGAAGAGCGUGCUGUGGCAGAGUGGCGGUUGAUAUCCGAUGCUGGGCAGGUGGACGAGGACGACGAACGGUGGAGCUAUGGCUUCAAGAUGGCCUUUAAGGACUGGCGUUUGUAUGUCUUUGCUCUGAUCUUCCUCUGUAUUCAGGUUGCAAGCGCCACGUCCAACUUCUUCCCGGCCGUCGUCAAGACCCUGGGCUUCAGCACCGUCAACACCCUCCUCCUCACCGUACCUCCAUACAUGCUGGGCUUGGUCGUCUCGAUUGCCAACAACUGGUCUGCCGAUAAGUUCCAGAAUUCGUCUUUCCAUGCCAUCUGGCCGAUGGUAGUUGCCAUCGUUGGCUUCGUUGUUGCUGCAGCCACAUUCAAUAUCGGUGCCCGCUACUUUGCAAUGGUCCUUAUGGUAGCUGGAGGCCAUGGAGCAAAUGCAGUAGUCCUGGCCUGGACACAAAAGACGAUGCUGCGGCCCAGAAUCAAGCGUGCCUCUGCGGUGGCUUUUGUCAACGCUUUUGGCAACAUUUCUCAGAUAUUUUCAUCCUACUUCUACCCCGACUAA